AUGUGCACCCUCGCCACAGGUUGGGGCGGUCAACGCAGCCGGCGCCGGGCUCCUCCUUGCGCAGGAGGCCAAAUCGGGGGGAGGGGGCGGCACCCCUCGCCGGAUCCGGCAGCCAACGUUGGGCGGCUCCUCGCGCUGGAGGCCAAAUCGGGGCCGCGGCACGGGAUCCGGCAGCCCACGCUGGGCAUCUACUCGUGCGGGAGGUCAAAUCGGGGCGGCGGCGCGGCAUCCCUCGCCGGAUCCGGACGAGGUGGCGACGGUGGGGGCCAAAUCGUGGCGACUGCGCGGCAUCCCUCGCCGAAGGUGGCGGCGCCUGGAGCAUGUGCGCGCACCAGCGUCGGCGGCUCACGUGGUGGUGCACGGCCGCAUGUGGUGCAUCGAGGGCACCACCACCGUGGUGGAAUGGAGCGGGGAGCGCCGGGGCUGGCUCGAGGUGGGCCCUUACCCGCCUAG